AUGUCGCGUGAAGCCCGCGAGGCCCUGGUUGUGGCGGUGGACGUGGGCGAGGGCAUGAGCGAGGAGGCCCGAGCGAUUGCCCACACAGCCGUUGGCGGGCUCCUGCAGUCGCGGCUCCUGGUCGGCAUGCACCAGAUGGGCCUCCACGACGCCUCGCUGAUCCGUUUCGGCACCGCGUCCACGAACAACAAGGCCGCCGACGACCUCCCCGGCGAGGGCCUGUACCAGCACAUCACCGUCGACCGCGCGCUGGGCUCGGAGCCGCCCCUCGACGCAGCCGACCUCGCGCACCUCCUGCGCGUGCUCGCGCACCCCGAGGCCCACCCGCACGCCGACCACGCCGAGGUCCUCGCCGUCGCCCUCCAGGAACACCAGCAGCACUGCAAGGGCCUCCCGCUGAAGAACGUCGUCCGGCGCGUGAUGCUGCUCUCGAACUUCGCGCGGGAGCCGGACGAGUCGAUCGCGGACAUCCUCGAGCCGCUGCGGGCGGCCGCGGAGAAGCAGGCGGUCGAGCUGACGCUGCUGGUGCUGCCGCUGGACGAAAAGCAGGGGCAGCUACACGCAAACGUGCUGCGCAACGUCCAGCAGCUCAAGGAGGGACUCGGGGGUAGACUGGCCGUGCAUGUGUGCCCGAGCGCGGUGAGCGCCGCGGGCGUCGCGCUGGGCGGGGGGGGGUCCAACCUGGUGCCGCGACUGGGGCGGCCGUAUCGGAACCUGGACCUGGUGGUCGGGCCGGACAGCGACACCGGGCCAGGCGUACCGGUGUCGAUCUACAAGCGCACGUUCGAGCCGCGGGACUACACGCGGGGUUUCGCUGGCGAGGCGGAGAAAUCGCGCCCGUCGCAGGUCCCUGCGGUGGAGCCGAUAAACAUUGAGGACGCGGGCGACAGUGCUCAGGAGCGCGCGCCGAAGCCGGAGAAGCGGUACCGCUACGCGGUCGGCGAGUCCGUCGUGGAGCUCAGCAAGGCGGAGAACGACGCGCUCGCGUUCAGGCCUGGCCCGUGUUUCCGCUUGCUGGGUUUCGUGGCCGCGAGCGCUGUGCCCGACUGGGCGGUCAUGGACUCGGCGUACACGGUGCUGCCGCGACGGGGCGACGGCACGGCUGCGGCCGCCUUGGCGGCGAUGCGCGUGGCGAUGCGGGAGCGGGGCGUGGUGGGGGUGGUGCGGUGGGCGGCCACGGGCGCGCAUCCGGCGGUGCGGCUGUACGUCAUGGCGCCCGCCGCGGAGCACGACUGCUGCAUGACGCUGGGGCAGGCGCCCUUGAUGGACGACUUCAGGGCCACGUGGGCCGCGUUGUUUCCACCGCUUCCCCAGGACGUGGGCAACGGAGCGCAGAACUCUGGUGUACGGGCCGCGGUGAGGGACUACGUGGGCGCGAUGCGAUGCAGCGACGACAGCGACCCGGAGGCGCUGGUCGACCCCGGUUUGCUGCGGGGGCUGGCGUUCCUGCAGCAGAGAGCAGAGGGGAACAUGAGCCCCAUGGACGCAAUGGAGCGGUGGGCCGACGACCACGAGGUGACGACGACCAAGGUCGCGGCGGGACGUCCGGCGGCAGCGGCGGCGCUGGCGAAACUGUCCGACGCCGCGCGCGGCAGGGACGGCCGCGUCAAGGUCGCAAGCAAGCAGGACGCAGGCUAG